AAAAUGAGGAUAAUGAAUUGCCAAAUAAGAAAAUUGCAGAUAGUGAAUUGAAUUCUGAUAAAGAACUUGAUAAAAAUAAGACAAAUAGUGAUUUUGAAGAAAUAAUAAAUAUUAAUGAUUAA